AUGACCUCCACCCCCCUCUCUACUCGUUCCACUCGCUCUGCACCACAUUGGAGGUCUCUGUCCAAGAAAUCAGCCCAGUCUUCGUUAUCAUUAGUCGUCGCAAAGCCGGAAGCAGGCGCGCCUCUAGCCUCCGCCGUCUUACGUUUGCCAAUGCCGACCGAGGCAGACCCCAAGAAACGAGAACGAUCAGUCUCAGCGGCGAGUGCCAUGGUUGAUGAGGCGAUAGUGAAAGAGGAUGACGGACAGGCGAAACGUGCGCGGUUGACGCCGCCUUUGCCUGGGGCUGCUGAAGCUACGCAGUCGACUCGAGAUACACAACAAGUUCGCGGUGCGGGUGUCACUCCCACCCCCUCGCCCGAUAUCUCUUCGCAGGCCGUCGCUGCUCCUCAAUCCAGUCUCGCACCUGCUCCCACGCAUCCCCCAGCACCAUCCGAUCUCACGACCCCUCGCUCGCCUCUUGCACACACAUCCUCCUCCGAUUCUCUCGCGACCAACCGCGCGCAGGCCGCAUCACGCACCUCCUGGCUCUCCCUGUGGCCACCAUGUCGAACUCUCCCGAACCGAAUCCGCCGGCCGUGGUCAUCGGGCCCCCGACACCGUCACGCCCGAAAGAAGUCAACGCUGCUUCUUCGUCGAAGGCCGUACCAGUGCCUGUGGGCCCAGCCAGUGGCAGGAAAUCUUGGUUCGGUGUUUCUGGCUCCAAGUCCCCACCUACACCCACGUUCUCUUCUCCGCUGGCCGGAUCAUCACCUUUGA